GAGCACGCAUCGCACCCAGAGCAGUAGAAACGCGACGGCCGACUAGUCCUUUGAAACUUGAAAGCGAAACUCUCCCUUCAAUCAUUUUUCAUUUCCCAUUUCCUUUAUAAGCGGUUUUUCAUUUCCUCAAUUGAACUCCCCCCUCUUCUCUGAUGGAACAGGUAAUGGCAUCAAUUCCUGAUUUUGAAAUUGCUGAAACUGGAAUUUCGAAAGAUAAUAGUGCGGAAGCGGAGCAGUUCAAAAUCCGGGUUGAUGAAAUCUUUCAAAAGGUUGACGAGCUUGAGCAAAAGGUGAAUGAAGUGGAACAAUUCAACUUGAAUUCAAGUAAAAAGCAACAGAGCAGUUCUAAAGGAAGCUCCAUGGGAAAGGAACGAGAUAAGGGAAGACAAGUUCCAAGCAUUAAAAAGCAGCAACAAGAUGCGUCGCGACGGGAAGCUGCUGCUGCAAAGAGAAUGCAAGAGCUUAUGCGCCAAUUUGGCACAAUAGUGCGUCAGAUUACACAGCACAAGUGGGCAUGGCCGUUUAUGCAACCUGUAGACGUCAAAGGUCUUGGUUUACAUGAUUACUAUGAGAUUAUUGAAAAGCCAAUGGACUUCAGUACAAUAAAAAACCAAAUGGAGGCCAAGGAUGGUACCGGAUAUAAGAAUGUUCGAGAUAUAUGUGCUGAUGUAAGAUUGGUUUUCAAUAAUGCAAUGAAAUAUAAUGAUGAAGGAAGUGACGUUCAUCUAAUGGCCAAAACUUUGCUGGAAAAGUUUGAGGAGAAAUGGCAGCUUCUUCUUCCUAAAGUCACUGAAGAGGAGAGAAGACGAGAUGAGGAGGAGGCGGAAGCACAGCUAGAUAUGCAGCUUGUGCGAGAAGCUGCUCACGCGAAAGUGGUCCGUGAUUUAUGCAAUGAGCUUUAUGAGGUCGAUACACAUUUGGAACAUCUCAGAGAAACUGUCGUCCAGAAGUGCAGGAAAAUGUCAACCGAAGAGAAAAGAAAUCUUGGGACAGCCAUAGCCCGAUUGUCUAUGGAGGAUCUUAAUAAAGCAUUGGAGAUUAUUGCUCAAAGUAAUCCCGCAUUUCAAGCAAUGGCUGAAGAAGUGGAGAUUGACAUUGAUGCUCAGAGUGAAUCUACCCUAUGGAGGUUAAAAUUUUUUGUGAAGGAUGCUUUGGAGCUUCAGAGUAGGAGUGCAAUGAGCACAGGUGGCAACAACAACUAUAACAACAAACGGAAGAAAGAGAUAUGCGAUGCGAUUGCGAAAACAGCCAAGAAAAAGAGUAAAAAGACUUCCUCUUGAUCCAUAUGAUGAGUGUGGCAUACGAGAAGAUUUUGCAAUUGCUUCCAUUUCAUAUUUGUACAGUGAGACUAUCUCGGUUUCAGAUGCUUUAGCUCAUCUCUUUAUUAUAAUGAACUAUUGAUGUUUGAUUUCAUCCUUCUUCUUGUCGAUAAAUUUAACCCCUAAUGUUUACCUUUCUAUCA